AUGUCCCGCACCCUAUGGCAAACACCAGCCUCAUUGGCUCCUACUGCCAAGAGGACUGAGAGGCGCUACUUCAUCCCCUCUAAAGGGCACGAACACCUGUACACCCACCCUCUCCCUGACUCCUUGGCAGUAGACACAGCUUACCAGCGGGAGCAUCAAGGAUUUCAGGGCUCGACACCGAAGAGCAGGGACGCAAAAAGCCUUGAGCUCUUUGGUAGAAAGGUGUACUCCACGGGGGGUCUCCAAUUCUGCAUUGCCAAUCAACAGGCAAUAGUAAGCCGAUAUGGCCACAACACCUGUUUGGCCAUGUCGAAGUUUGUGGAGCUCUUUCCCCAGGACUUGAGAUCAGAAUUUUCGGCCCUGGUGGAGGAGGACAAACUGAUCUCUCGAGCCUCCCUCCAGGCCGCCUUAGAUGUGGCGGACUCAGCCUCGUACAUCCGAAUAGUUGGCACCCACAACACGGUGAACAAAGUUUUCCAUAUUGUGGCAUUUGAAUGCAUGUUUACCAACAAAACCUUCACUCUUGAGAAAGGUCUUAUAGUUCCCACUGAAAAUGUUGCAACAAUUGCAGACUGUGCCAGUGUGAUUGAGGGUGUAAGUCGAAGUCGCAAUGCCUUAUUGAAUGGAGAUACAAAGAAUUAUGACUGGGAUUCCGGGUACACGUGUCAUCAGCUAGGCAGUGGUGCUAUUGUGGUACAGCUCGCACAGCCAUUCAUGAUUGGAUCAAUACGGUUACUUCUCUGGGACUGUGAUGAUCGGAGCUAUAGUUACUACAUUGAGAUUUCCACUAAUCAGCAGCAAUGGACCAUGGUGGCUGAUCGAACAAAAGUUUCCUGCAAAUCUUGGCAAGCAAUAACUUUUGAGAGACAACCUGCAUCCUUCAUCAGAAUAGUUGGAACUCACAACACAGCUAAUGAGAGUUUCAAAGAGGAGCAAAACUCCUCAGAGUGAAUGCCAGACCAGACAAUGCGCAAAGCAAAUGUAAAGUUGAAACUGUUAUGCUUUGUAUUUAUUUCUUAGUUUGUUUCCUUUCAAAUAUAUAUGUUAA